GCUAUCACAUCUUAAUUCUAAGUUUAAAUUCGGGAAACUUUCUCGUUUUGCAUAAACUAAACUAUAAAAUCCCAUUUUAUCGCUGAUCACACCUAUCAGUCACCUUCCAAGUGUAGCGAUUUGCGCAUUUCAAGAUCAUGAAAUUCGCAGCACUUUUUGUCACGUUAGUAAGUCUCGUCGUGCCCGCAAUCUCCCAGCAGCACAACUUCAGCUGGGGUGUCCGCGGGCCGUACGACGUCCUUCUGAGUAGAACUACGAUUCUGGAACCAGCCAGGUCACCGUACCGAACUCGAAGUGCAAAUCUAUUCUAUCCGGAGAAGGGUCAACCGGGUCGCACCAUAGCUGCGAUCAACGUUAUUGACGGAUUCGGCGAUGGAACGGGUGGAACCGCCCGGCUGUGGUCCGGUGGCCUGGGCCAAAACAGCACCACGGUACGGCUGCGGUCCCAGCGUGGUCGAGGGAUGAACUAUACGGUGGAAAUUUAUGGACAUUAGGCUCCAAUCUACAAUUUUAAUUCUAGUUGGUAUCAAGAUUUAAC